AUGUGUAGACUUGGACUAAAACGUUCAGCUCGAUCUUCAGUUCAUCGUCAAAACGUUGACGAUGACGUGAAUCAGAGAAACACGCUUGCAGGCCGUUGUCUGUAUGGCCAAGAACGUUGUGACGAGCCAGCUGGGUUGUGCAUACAUGGACCACCAUCUGGUAGAGAUGGAAUUGACGGUCUUGAUGGAGUUCCUGGUGACAUCGGACCGGAUCUGUGGGAAAGGGCAAAGGAGGCACCUGGCCGAAAACGGAAGUUCUGGACUGACGUGGUGAAAGAGAACCUGAGGAAACUCGGCGUGGAUAGGCGGUUCAGGCGAGACGUGAGGUUUCGCAGAAUAUGGAAUAGCGACGAGUGGAUUGAUUCUGUGCAAGCUCUCGCAGAAGAUCGAGAAGGCCCGGUAGAGCUGUGUUCAAGGACGACACAUUUCGGCGAAGAUGCGGUAAUUGCGUUAUGCGCUGACAUCAGCCCGCCGAUUAAGUCAAAAAAGAUCCCGUUCAGUCCACCUUACAUAUCUGAUAGUAAGAGCAGAGCUGUGCGGAAAUGUCUACGAAAAGCGGUUCUAGAGAAUGACGUGAGGGUUGUGGAAAUACCUCCGGCGAACCUCAAGGGUCAACUGGUACGUAAUGGUGCGUAUGAUCGACUCUGCACAACUCCCAGCUACGUGGUUUGCCCUUCUGGCAGAGAAGGUGAUUACAUGGUAUCAGGAGUGGUAUCGUAUUACGUGGCAGCUUGUGCGGUGACGAUUAUAUAG